GUCUAUUUUAGCGCUGACAGCCUGACAGGCGAUGGGGAUUGGCUGCUUCGGUUACCUGCUGCCCUGCAUUGGAUUCUAGUGCGGAUUCGGUAAAGGCGGCUAUAGUUCCCCGCUAGGAUGCGAUGAGAGCCUUGUCCUGCUGGAGAGGCUCAACCCGGGUCAUUAUUCGGAUCAGACGAGCUCAGCGGGUUUGGUCUGACGGGGCGGGAAUGGGCUUGGAGCCAGGUGUCGAGAUAUAUAAACGGAGACGUUCCCGGGUGCUAAGAUGAUUUUCUCAGACACUCAGCAACCAAUACCUGAACUCCGAGUCAUUUCAUUGAUAUCCUCAUCCAUCUACUCACCAUGACUGUCACUUCUCCGAAACGUGUUCUGCUCGUUAGCAUUCCUCGUUCGGCAUCGCAUCUGCUCUUGAAAAUCCUCGAUAUCCACAACCAGCCCAAUGUUCUGACUAACGAGGAGGGCGGUUAUUUCUUCUUUCCAGCAUUCAUUCCCGCUGUGCGGGGCGGAUACCUGGACAAGCCGCUGGACCAGUGGUCAGAUCCCGAGAAGCAAGCAGUCAAGGAGUCCUUCGAUGCAUGUGUCGAGCGGCUGGAGGGAUUCUCGGCACGCGCCAGGGAAUCAAAGAAAAUCAUGUUUACCAAGGAGCACGCGUACUGGUUCAUCAACCCGGCGGCCUUGCACGAAAUGGCGACCGGCAUUGAGGACCGUGAGCUCUUCGAGACGUUCCGUCUGCGCGUGUCUGAGACUUAUGGCUCGCAAACAUUUUCCCCAGCAAACAAGACCGUCCUGCCGGAUGAGUACCUCCGCAGUUGGCAGCUGGCGUUUAUCAUCCGUCACCCGGCACUGGCGUGGCCGUCGAUGUAUCGUGCUAUGGCCAAGAUCUCCAAGAUCGGGGGCAUGGACGAUAAAGAGAUUCGAAGUGUUUGGAGCACGAAUAUGACGUUGCGUUGGAGCCGCAUGGUGUAUGAAUGGGCUCUGGAACAGGGAGACUCACCUGCGAUUCUAGAUGCUGACGACGUGACCCAUAAUCCGCUGGCGGUGGCGAGAUUCUGUGAGCUCACCGGAAUGGAUAAGGAUGCACUGAAGUUUGAGUGGAGCAAUGCGGGAAUCAAGGAGAAUGGCCCGAGUGUCGGCAAUGAAGAUGAAAAGGCUCUCGACAUGCGACACAGGAUCAACGCGAUCAUGCUCUCCACGGUUGAGUCCUCGUCGGGAAUUAUCAAGGACAAGACGCCAAAGACCGUUGAUAUUGCGGUGGAAGUUGAGAACUGGAGGGCCGAGUUUGGGGAUGAGAUUACUGAGCUUAUUGAAAAGGCCGUCAUCGAAUCUAUGCCAGACUAUGAAUAUCUCAAGGCUCGACGGAUUACCGGAUGAUCUCGUUAGUUCAACAGACUUCAUUAAGUGAACGGUGAUAAUGAACUUCCAUAAACCUUCUAGGUAAGUAAGAGAGUAUUUGAGGCUAGCACCUCGUCAGCAUAUAGGGUGCGGAAAUUGGGAUUGUGGAGGCAUGGACCGUCUGUCUAGAUAAGAUGACCUCGAGUUAGAUCUAUUAACCUAAAUGCAUGCGUGUGGAAGUGGAAAGCUCGC